GUUCCAAACAUUAAAUAUUCUCUUGCAUUUCUUCCCAAAAUUAAACGUAGUAGAUCCAAUUUUUCAAACUGUUUCCUUUCCUUGUAACAAACAAGAAUACGUGAUUACUAGUAUACGAUAGAGUCAAUAGUUUUCAUUUUAAUAACAUAUAUUUCUCUCUCUUCUCUGUCUUGUUCUUCAUUUUUCUUGAAACUAAGUGUUCCAUUCCUUUUAUUUAAUUUUGUGAUCCCAAAGGAAGUGGGAGUACGAUUUUGACCCGUUUAUAUAUACAACAAAAUCAUAUCUGAACAAAACAAGAUAAGCUAACAACAUGGCAAGUAGCAUUUCAGAAACACCUCUUUUACUCGCCGCAACUCAUGAUGAUAAUGGAAAACACAACACAGAGAGUCGGUGGAACAAAAUCCUGGACAUGGAGGAAGCCAAACAUCAACUCAUGUUUUCAGUGCCAAUGAUUCUUACAAACUUGUUUUAUUACUUGAUCACUUUGGUUUCUGUCAUGGUUGUUGGUCACCUUGGUGAACUUCAAUUAGCAGGUUCUACUCUCGCUAAUUCAUGGUUUAGUGUCACUGGCCCUGCUCUUAUGGUUGGGUUAAGUGGUGCGCUAGAAACACUAUGUGGACAAGGAUUUGGUGCCAAGGAAUAUCACAUGUUGGGAAUUUAUUUACAAAGCUCCUGCAUUAUAUCUUUUAUUUUUUCAAUCAUUAUAUCUGUUAUUUGGCUCUAUACGGAACACAUUCUAGUGUUUCUUUAUCAAUCACAAGACAUUUCUAGAACAGCAGCACUCUAUAUGAAAUUUCUUAUACCGGGAUUAUUUGCACAUAGCAUCUUGCAAAACAUCUUGAGGUUUCUACAAACACAAUCUGUAGUGAUGCCACUAGUUGUCCUUUCUGCUAUCCCAUCAUUGCUUCAUGUGGGAAUCACUUAUGGGCUUGUCGAAUGGACAGGUUUGAAUUUCAUAGGUGGACCUAUUGCAACUUCUAUUUCACUGUGGAUAUCAAUGAUAUUGUUAGGUUUAUAUGUCAUGUAUGCAAACAAGUUUGAGAAUACAUGGACAGGAUUUUCAAUGCAAUCAUUUCAUUACUUGUUUGCAAACAUGAAACUUGCUCUGCCUUCUGCAGCAAUGGUGUGUUUGGAGUAUUGGGCUUUUGAAAUUCUGGUUUUCCUAGCUGGAUUACUGCCUAACUCACAAAUAACAACUUCAUUGAUUGCAAUAGGUGCAAACACAGAAUCAUUUGCUUACAUGAUCACUUAUGGCCUUAGUGCAGCUGCAAGCACAAGAGUUUCCAAUGAAUUGGGAGCAGGCCAACCAGAAAGAGCUAAACAUGCAAUGAUAGUCUCUCUAAAGCUCUCUCUUCUCCUUGGAUUCGGUUUUGUUUUGUUACUUGUGUUUGGUCAUGAUAUAUGGAUUCAGCUGUUCAGUAAUAGUCCUAUUAUCAAAGAGGAGUUUGCUUCAAUAACACCCUUUCUUGCUAUUUCCAUCCUACUAGAUUCUGUUCAAGGUGUCUUAUCAGGAGUGGCUAGAGGAUGUGGUUUGCAGCAUUUAGCUGUUUAUGUCAACCUUGCAACUUUUUAUCUCAUCGGUUUACCAAUUUCAUGUUUUCUCGGAUUUAAGACCAAUUUGCAAUAUAAGGGUUUAUGGAUUGGUCUGAUUUGUGGCCUUGUGUGUCAAACUGGAGCGCUCUUACUUUUGACAUGGCGUGUCAAAUGGACUAAACUGAAUCUCUCAGAAAACAAAAUUCAAGACCAGCAUGUUGCUAGUAACUGAAUGCCUGCCAAUUAGGACAAAAUAUGUCUGUGUUUGGAACCACAGCGACAGCUGCUUUAGAUGCACGGUGCGAUCUCCUUUCAAUGCGGAAGCAUUUACAUGCUAAAAAGAUGAGUACGAUUUGUAAUAAACAUGAACUUUCUAUCUAAAAACGUUUGUUGCUAAUAUUCAUUUAGAGAAAAUGAAAACACUGUUUCUUUAA